AUGGCCGUCGUCGUCCCGGCGGCAACACACGGCGCGGGCGUCGGCGGCGCCGCCGUCCCUGCUUCCACAACGACCCUCGUCCCCGCGUGCGCCGUCUGCUGCGUCGCCGUAUCCGCAUGCGCGUCCAGCCUGCUGGCGUACUACGCCACGCUCGGCGUCUCCCUGGCCUGCUUCGCCCGCGCCGUGUGGCCGGAUCGCGUCGACGCCGUCCUGGGCCCGCUGGGCGCCCGCGCGCGGCGGGGGCCGCUGCUCGCGCGCGCCGACCUGUGGGACGACCUGCGGAGCCUGCGGGACGCCGCGCGGGCGCAUCCGGCGACCGCGCCCGUCUGCGCCGGGGCCGAGGAGUGCGCGCGCCGCGCCCGCGCCGCGGUCACCGGCCGGGCGGACGGCGCGCGGAGGUGGGCGCAGGCCAAGUGGGGCCAGCACAAGGAUGCCGCGGGCGCGGCGUGGUUCGUGCUCCGCCUGGCCGGUCGCGUGAUCCGUCUCGCCGCGACCGUGAUGCUCGACGCCGCGUGGAAGGAAGCUAAAACCCAAGCGCCGGCGGUGCUGGGAUACCUGAGAGGCGUGAUCCGUGCGAUCAGGUCGCCGACGUCGUGCAACGAGGAGGAGGCCGCCGGCUUCGUGUUCAGGGACAUCGUAUCUCUCGUCGGGAUCGGGUUCUACCUCCUGUUCAGCACGCAGUUGAUCUUCCGCUUCAGCACCAUCAGCGGAACGCAAUUCUACGCCGCGUGCUUAGCGUCAGCGUGCGGCUUGGCCAUGCUGCUAGCGGAUUGGAUUGACUUUCCGGACGACGACGAAGCUGGCACAACCAGGGAUAGCGCCGACGACGCGGACGACACGACCCAGCAGCGGGAGGGCGCUGCCGGCGAGGCAAGGCUAGACGCGGAGCUCGACGUGCGAGAGUCUUGGCAGUUGCUGUGGGUCCUGAUCAUCAUCGCGUUCUGCUUCGACGCCUUCCUCCUCCACGUCAAGCUCGGCCCGCGGCCUACGGAACUCGCGCUCCUGGCCCUCUGGAACUUCGAGGUGCUCAGUGUUGGCAGGCAAGUCGAGCUGACGCCGGACGACGGCGAGGGAGCCGAGGGCUCGGCAGGAAGCGUGGAUGGAGCUGUCGACAAGUGGAGGCGCGGCGCGAUGGCGGUGCUUGCAGCGUCCGGCGUCAAGAGCUUUGUCGUCUACCUCGCGCUCGACUUCUACCUGGCCGCGCUCAGCUUUCUGUGGCUUUGCGUCAUGGCGGACCUCCUGCUGGUUGAAGAGGACAGUUUUUCGGAGAUGGACGAAUCGGGAGACGACGAAGAUAGGGAGGCGGGGCUUGCUGGCAUCGGCGAGGACAUCACCGUAGGUGCGGACGAAGGGGCUGAUGAGGCGAGGGCAGAGCAUUAUUCCAUCACGAGCUCAUCAGAGGAUGAAGAGGAAGCCCAUACGAGCUCAUCGGAGGAUGAAGAAGAAGGUUGCGCUCUGAAUGAGCAUUGCGAUAGCUCAGAAGAGCGGGAGCAGCGACGGGAAGAACCGGACGGCAGCAGCCAUGGAAGCACGGACGAGGACGACAGCUGGGACUUGGUAGAGAUCGACCCGGAGAUGCCUGCCAAAGAGAACUGUGGCGCCAAUCGGAAGUCGUCCAGGCUUCUUUUCCCAUGGAAGUCGGCAGCAUGAUAUCCUGUUGAUGCGGCUGAUUUAUCGUGUUAUAUCUGAACGUGUGGUGAGAUUUUCUAGGUUUCGUUAGGGUUCUUUAUAUCAAACUUUUCUCAAACUAGAUAUCUUAAGUCUGUCAGUGGUUAGUUCUCUUAAGUCGACAGCAGUAUUACUGACACUUUUACCAUUACAUUUCCCAGUCACAUGUCAACGAAAAAAUA